AUGCAGCGCCCCAAACCCUUCUACCCUCCUGCUGCUCCUCAGGAGGGCUUCAGCUCCCGGGGCCUGAGCAGCACAGAGGCGCUGGGGGCCCAGCCUGAGCCUCUGCCUGCUGUGGCUUCUUCCAACCUGCCGUGUCAGCCCCCAAACCCAGAGAAGGACGUGUUUCCAGGGCCCCCUGCAGGCUUCCAGAUGGCGCCCUGCGGCUGUUUCUUCGACCCCCGCAUCUACCGGAUCGAGUGGGCCACCCCCGAUUUUGGCCAAGCGCCCCUGUACCGGUUGGCAGUGGCUGGGGGUCCCGCCGUGCCUAAUGGCUACCUACUGGAGCCCCAAUCUUACCUCAAGACUCCAGGCCCACCCCCGCCGGACCCCCACUACCAGCCGGGGCCCGGGGGGCUGCAGUACGUCCUGCCCUACUUCCCCCCGGAGGGGCCGGGGGCCCUGGGCUUUGUGGGCGACGGGGGGACCCCUGGCUUUGUGGAGCUCCUCAAGGAGGGCCUGGCACCGCUGCCAGCCCCGAAGGAGGGGAAGCCGGGCCCGGCCCCGCCGGCCGAGGGGGCGCCGCCGCCCGCGCCCUACGGCGCCGCCAAGGGCGCCGGCCACGCCCCGGGGCCCCAGCCAGCCCCGUGGUCCCCGGAGCCCACGGACCCCGCGCCCGCGCCCGCCAAGGAGCCCCACCAGGCCGGGGGCCGCGCCGGGCCGGGCCCGCCAGCGCCCGGCGAGGCCGCGGGGGCGCAGGCCGAGGAGGCGGCCGCGGCGCUGGCAGCCGGCGGCGAGGCCGCGGCCCCCGAGGCGGCCCGGGCCCUGGCGCUGCCGGACCAGGUGCUGCUGGAGGACGCCAUGAGGCUGUUCGACUGCCUGCCGGGCCGCGCCGAGCCCGCCAGCGCCGCCCAGCCCCACGCGGGGCCCGCGCCGGGGCCUGCGGGGCCCGCGCCCGACAGCGGCGGCGGCGGCGACGACUCCAGCAGCGACAUCCGCUCGCUGCACCUGCCCGACGAGCUGCUGUCCUUCGACUACAGCGUGCCCGAGAUCCUCGACGCCGUGUCCCACGUGGACUACUUCUUCAACUUCAAGGCGCUGGACGAGGAGCCGCCGCCGCCGCCGGCGCCCGCGCCCCGGCCCGCGCCCCCCGCCCCGGCCGCCCCGGCCCCGGCCCCCGCCCCGGCCCCGCGCGCCGCCGGCUCCUGCGCCGGCAAGAAGAAGGCCGCCUCCGCCUCCAAGAAGGGCAAGGCCGGCAGCAAGGCCAAGCAGGCCGGGGCCGCGGCCGGCACCGCCCCGCGCGGCCCGGGCCGACCCCGGGAGCUGUCCCCGCAUUAA